CGUGACGAAAGAUGUCGUGUCACAAUCACAUUCCAGUCCCACCGAGAUGUGUCAGAUGAUGUCAGAAUCAUGAGGCAGAGCGGACCGUCGUCAUGUGACACAACACAGAUCGUCUCCGAACAGGCGUCUUCCUGUGCUUCGCGUUGACUACACCGCGGUGUUUGUUUGUUUGUUGCGUGUUGACGGCCAGUCGUGUGACGUUGAACCCCAACACCAGUGCAGAAGGGUUACAAAGAUGUCUGAAUGACGUUUGGAUGUGGACUGAGUUCACUUCACUUCUUGUUCAACUCCUGACACAACUGAAAACGAGACGUCGCCGCUUGUUCGACCAAGUGAUGCCUUAUGUGGAAGAGACGAUCUGUGGCGCUCGUCGACUGACUUGGUGCAGCGACGCCAUUAGUUGGAUGAAAGUCAGACAUUGGGUUUGUCUGACGACCGUUUAUCGAGCUUUUGAGUACGCGCUGGAAAUAUUGCUUUCAUUUUAAAGUCAGCGCAGCCGGGGACGUGUCUCCUUUUGAUUUGUUUUUCUUUGGAGGGGGAAGGGGUGGGGGGCUCUUUUGUCCCGUUGGUAGGAAGCCGAUGUGAGCUACGCAGGAGUUGCGUUCCGACGUGCUAAGUGUUAGCAUUUUUAGCAUCAGCUUGUUGUGACACAUCGAGCGGCCGCCAUGGCGGCAGCGGGCGGCGGCAAGAGCUUCUCGUUCAAGGUGGUCCUGCUGGGAGAAGGCUGCGUGGGAAAGACGUCCAUGGUGCUGCGCUACUGCGAGAACAAGUUCAACGACAAACACAUCACAACUCUCCAGGCGUCCUUCCUCACCAAGAAGCUCAACAUCACGGGAAAGCGGGUCAACCUCGCCAUCUGGGACACGGCGGGUCAGGAGCGCUUCCACGCGUUAGGACCCAUCUACUACCGAGACUCCAACGGGGCCGUCCUGGUGUACGACAUCACCGAUGAGGACUCCUUCCAGAAGGUGAAGAGCUGGGUGAGAGAACUGAGGAAGAUGUUGGGGAACGACAUUUGUUUAUGUAUAGUAGGUAAUAAAAUCGAUUUGGACAAAGACAGGAACGUCUCUACGGAGGAGGCGGAAAGUUACGCGACGUCGGUGGGGGCCAAACACUACCAGACGUCCGCCAAGCUCAACAAAGGCAUCGAGGAGCUCUACUUGGACUUGUGUAAAAGAAUGAUGGAGGCGGCUCAGGCCGAGGAACGGUCGAAAGGAAACGUCGGCGGCCAAUCGGUAUCCGGUCGGCGAGGCGUACAGAUUGUCGACGACGAGCCCCAGGCCACGCCCACCGGGGGAUGCUGCUCGUCCGGCUAACGCACGCGCACGUCUGUGGUCCGCUAAGGAUGAUGGGAAGUUUAGAAUGAAAGUCCAAGUAGCAGGAAACAUGCGAGCGUUUCCUGUCUAAUUGGGAGUUGACGGCCACAUGACAUCACUUCCUGUUUGAUGCGUGUUCCUGGUGGUGGUGGUGGCUUCAUUGUAAGAUGGCGGCGUGCUGAGGUUGAAGCCGUGAGGAAACAUUCCUCAUGUUUAACACGUGAGCGCAAAAGUAACUGUGCAUGUUGACUCUGUAAUGAGCUUCGUUUGAUUUGAUACAAAUAACUUUUGUUCAUUAAAUGCUUAUCAAAGAA